ACGCCAUGACGCCAUUACGCCAGGCCGGUGUGUAUCCGUCUGUGUGUGUGUGAGUGUGCGCGCUCUGCGUGUUUGUGUGUGUGUCCGCCCGGCAAGUCCCGGAUGUUGCGGACAGUAUGAGGUGAGCGCACGGGGACGGGGACCAGCAGCUGUCGCGGCCGUUCUCAGAUGGGGAAGACUGAAGUAAAAAGAGAAAAUCAUCUGCCCUGGAUCACACAAAUCAUUGACAGAAUUGAGAAGACAUUACAGAUGUCCUGAAUUCCAGUUCCUCAAUAUAUGUGGUUCCUCCAUGUAAAUUCUUGGUGAAGACUAAAUAGAAAGGUGUUUUUUUUCUUCUAAACUUGGGAAAUUGCGUUUAACCUUCAAACUGGCGAUGUCAAGGGUCCCGAGUCCUCCUCCUCCGGCAGAAAUGUCGAGUGGCCCUGUAGCUGAGAGCUGGUGCUACACACAGAUCAAGGUAGUGAAAUUCUCCUACAUGUGGACCAUCAAUAACUUUAGCUUCUGUCGAGAAGAAAUGGGUGAGGUCAUUAAAAGUUCAACUUUUUCAUCGGGAGCCAAUGAUAAACUAAAAUGGUGUUUGCGGGUAAAUCCAAAAGGGCUAGAUGAAGAAAGCAAAGAUUACUUGUCACUAUACCUGUUAUUGGUCAGCUGUCCAAAGAGUGAAGUCAGGGCAAAGUUCAAAUUCUCCAUCCUGAAUGCCAAAGGGGAAGAAACAAAGGCAAUGGAGAGCCAGAGAGCCUAUCGAUUUGUACAGGGCAAGGACUGGGGAUUCAAGAAGUUCAUCCGUAGAGAUUUUCUGUUGGAUGAGGCCAAUGGUCUCCUUCCUGAUGAUAAACUCACCCUCUUUUGUGAGGUGAGUGUGGUGCAAGAUUCAGUCAACAUUUCUGGCCAGAAUACCAUGAAUAUGGUGAAAGUCCCUGAGUGCCGGUUGGCAGAUGAGUUGGGAGGACUCUGGGAAAAUUCCCGCUUCACAGAUUGCUGCUUGUGUGUUGCUGGCCAAGAGUUCCAAGCUCACAAAGCUAUCUUAGCAGCCCGUUCUCCUGUUUUCAGCGCCAUGUUUGAGCAUGAGAUGGAAGAGAGCAAAAAGAACCGGGUGGAAAUCAAUGAUGUGGAGCCAGAAGUUUUUAAGGAAAUGAUGUGCUUCAUUUACACUGGCAAGGCCCCCAACCUAGAUAAAAUGGCUGAUGAUCUUCUGGCAGCUGCAGACAAGUAUGCCCUGGAGCGUUUAAAGGUCAUGUGUGAAGAUGCGCUUUGCAGUAGCCUGUCCGUGGAGAAUGCAGCAGAGAUUCUUAUUCUGGCUGACCUGCACAGUGCAGAUCAACUGAAAACACAGGCAGUGGAUUUCAUCAACUAUCAUGCUUCAGAUGUCAUGGAGACCUCUGGAUGGAAGUCCAUGGUGGUUUCACACCCCCAUUUGGUGGCCGAAGCGUACCGUUCCCUGGCUUCAGCACAAUGCCCUUUCUUGGGACCCCCACGAAAGCGCCUGAAGCAAUCCUAAGGCCCCUGCUUGUUGCAGGACCCAAUUUUUUUUUUCCCAGAAGCAGCAGCACGUUUGCUGUCCUUGACCACUACAUAGAGACAGCUCAGUCUGUGGAGCUUUUACUCUAUUAUGGGGGGAAAGACUGUUUCAUGACAACCUGACUUUUAAAAACAGCACCAAGUAACUUGAGGGGACAUGGGGGAGGGGAGGGCCUGGGGCUCGGGGCAGUUCAUCCUAAUGAAAACCCUGUUGCUGCAUUGUCUGUGUGUUCCCUUCAGCUUGGACAAGUCGAUCCUCCAGGGAUUUGGUUUAGGUGCUGACACCCCACAAAGACAUCCAGAAGGUGGUACUAGGGUAUAACCCAUCUCUGCAUCUGACAGCACAGAACAGAUCAAAUCGUCAGGUGCCUGGAGUAAAAAAACAAAAAAGGACGCUUAGUUUUUAAGAGAAGGGAAAAGAAAAAAGGAAGAGGAGGAAAGAAUUUUUGAUGGAAUUUCUCAAACGGCCGUUUCUGGAGGAUUCCAGUAGUAUUUAUGUUGAGAGAAAGAAACUUUAGCCCUUUCAGCUGUGCUAAAACUGGGACGUUUAUGAAAACGCUUUACCGUCGUACAGCGAACAGAAGAGCAGUUCUCUCUUGUUAUUAGCACUUAUAUGUUAUUUGCAAAAACGGAAAACACCCUUUAUCAUUCUGUGAGGGAAAAAGACCUGUGAAGGUGAGAGGCGGAGAGGAGGCCCUCUGGUUUGGGAAUCAAGAACUCGGACAUGGCGCCCUUUACAAAGAGUCUUUAUUGGUUUUGAAGAACUGGGGGAAAACAAUCCUUCAUCCCUAUCUUGUACUUUCUUGACAAGAACUGUGGUUCUCUGUUUUUAGAUAUUGUGGAAAAUGUUUUUUGGCAUUUUUCUCUCAUUUUAUUUCUCCCUCCUCUUUCUCUCCAGCCCCCUUUUUUUUAAAAGGGUAGGGGGGAAACUUAACACAUUGUUAGUUGUUCACUAACACUGCGUGGGGGAAAAAACACUGAAAACACUAACACACAGUGUUAAUUACUAACACUGCGUGGGGGGAAAACCCACCCCACUAAAAACACUAAUAUGCUGUGUUAGUUGUUCACUAAUACUGCAUGAAAAAUUCCUGGUCCUGAAAUGCUCAGUUCUUUGUACCUGACUUGCCGCCUGCAUAGGAGCCAGUCUUGUUCUUUUCCUUUCCUUCCUCCCAUGGGGAGAACUUCCAAAUGGUCAUUUUUUUUUUCUUUUUGAAAAUAUAAAUAAUUACUAUUUUGUACUGUGUGGUAUCCCUGGUUUUCCUUUUUUCUUUUUUUUCUCCUACUCCCUUGGUCUGUUUUGGAUCAGAGGCAUCUGUUCAAGGGAAUUUCCAGGGCUGAUUGGCUCCUUAAAAUUAUACCUAGCUAAUGCCACUUUUCCAGGUGUUCUAUUAAAAACAGUAAUUCUGAUCUCAGUGCUUGAGCAGCACAGACUCAAUGUCUUUAAAUGAGAAAUAGGAUCAAAGUUACCUUUUCAAAAGCUGUCAGCCUUUGUCAGCCCUGUUCUUACUUAACACUUGCCCUUUCAUUCCUUUGUUAGGGUAAAUAUUAAGUAAUUACUCCUCAGGUUUGCCAUUGGAUUGGAGCCUACUAUAGAAAUGAGAGUAAAAAAGUGUAACCCUUCUGAAACACGUAAGAUCUGUGUCACUCUCCACACCAAAUUACAGGAUUACAGGACUACAGACCUCACUUAAUAAUGAAACAAAAAAGAAUCGAGAUUGUCAUCACAGAAUCACUUAAGCAAAUGAAUUUGGUACAGUGACAUACUGUGACUGAAUUGAGAUUGGAGUGGUGUCUUUGUUCAUCCUGAUCUAGCUAUAGAAAAAAAAUAGAGCCUUUGUAAUUAUAUUACUAAUGGACAUGCUCAUAAAACUAAAUUUCCUGAGCACCUGGAAACCUGGACACCUUUUAUGCCCCAUUCAUAGCAGUACUUAUCAACAAUGGAGUCCCAGAUGCACUUAAGCUGAGCUGGGCUGUUGGAUUUUUUUGAGUGUGGGUCAACACUUAACUUUAUUCAUUUAGUUAAAUAUAGUGUAGAUUUUAAACUAAAAAUUAGAGGUUUUAUUCUGUUUGGCAAUAUGGAGGAAGAAAGUCCUGAAUAGACCGUAUAUUAUCAGUAUAACCAAGAGCAAGAUUUGCAAUCUGCUAAUCUCUUACCACAUGCUAUCUGAACUAAAGUCUGAUCUCAUUCUAUUAACAAUAUCAUUGUAAAGGAAUGGGCUGUAAAUUUUUUGGCUUAUAAUUUCUUGUCUCCCCAACUUGUGAAGUUAAUACACAGAACAAGUCCGCAAGAUAGCUGACAUUCAUUUUAUCUCUUGCAUAGCUGGUAAUAAUGCAUUUGUAUUGUGCUACAAGGUUUUCAAAGUUCUUUUAUGUGCAUUUUCUCAUUGGAUCCUCUCUAAGGGUCUCAAGAGUAGGGAUUGUUAUCCCAGGUCAUACAGCUAAGGAAUGGGAAUGAUUUGCCUAAGGGUCCACGUUUAGUAAUUGGCAAAGGCAGGGAUAGACCUGCCCAGUGCUCCAAGGUUCAAUAAUUAACCUAAGGAAGCUUCUUUCUUGGUGGGAAAGCUAACAAAAGGGGAGUUUUUUCCACUGGGAGUUGCAAGAAUGAUUCAGUGUUGUGAUUCCUUAGAUAUUUCCUAGUGAACAAUCAUAGUUAAAAUUUGAUUUCUUAUUCCUUCACUGAAAAACUGGAGGUUUGUCCAAGUAAACAGGGAUUUAUGUAACUUCUGGAAGGCUUCUGGGACUUUGAAGUAUUUCUUUUGGGAUUAUCCAAAGUUUGUGAAAAUUCCAAUUUGAGAUUUACACUAGGAAUUCAUAUAAUUCAAGCAUCUCAGGUGAAAGUGCUUUAUAGGUUUUCUAUUGUUGUUAUUAUUUUUAUUAGGUGUGGUGUUUGGUCCCCCCCACCCCCCCAAAUGAUACUGUUGGAACCAUCUGGUUAUGACCACAUCAGAGCCAUAGCAUACUGUUCAUAAACCUCCCACUAUCACUAUCCCCUCCCCCAGUUCCCUCACAUCUGAAAUUUAAUUCGAGUUAACUCCACAAUCUGUGGCUUGUGCUGUCACUGCAGAGAUGUCUGUGCCAGUAGAACAGUUGGAGAUUUCAAUUCCACAAGGAUAUGGCUUAUUUAUCAAAACAAUAUUUCAGGCAAGUGGUUUCAUAGAAUCUUAGGAGCUGUGAUUUAUGUCCAGUUGGAUAUUUGAAAUCUAUAUACAUCAUCCUCAUAUAGGCCCCUUUUCGUAUCCCUACCUACCCACCUCGUAUCAUGAUGUCCUCAGAAUUUUUUUUCCAUUCUUUCUAGAGAAAUCAAACUUCAUUUUUUUUCUUCAGGACUUCCAACUCCUUUUUGGGGUUUUAGCAACUUGGGUAAGAAAUCCCUGUUUCCUUAUUAAUAAUAAAGUUAUUGACUUUGUAAACGAGAGGUGGAGAAUCCACUUUAUUUUAAAAGGACUCUGUUAUCCUUAACUGCAGUGAUGAACCAAAAUCAUCGAUGCUUGUAACCACUGGCUUGGUGCUGCUGCUGCUUGAACUGUUCUGGGUGUUUGUUCUUUCAUUAUCUAGACAGAUUCCCAAGGUAGAGGCUCUCUCUUUCUUGUGUGAGCCUCGGCAGAUGAAAAGAAACAGCUUGUCUGUUUAUGAGGAUAACAGCAAACAGAGGGGGUGUUCAGCCCCCACUUUGAAACGGUCUGUUGCUUUGUUUUGGCUCUUAGACUGCUGUUAAAAGAACAACAGCUAAAACCCCAUACAUGUCUGCUCUGGCUCCUUUGGUUCAAACUUAAAAGAGUUGAGUAUAAAUUCGCAGCCAGGACCCUACCAUAUUUUCCACAAGUAAUUAUCUUAUUUAAUUAUUGUGGAUCCCUCUGCACUUUCAUUUUCUUUACCUUGUGAUUUGUUUGAACACUGCCAAGGAAUUAUUGAGUCUAAAUUAUCUAGUAAACCAUUAGAAAUUAACCAGUGAUUAGGUAAAUCUUGUAAGACGGGUGUCUGCAUUUUCAAUGUAUCUUUUUCCUGACUUUUGAUUUCAAGGGGAACAGAUCAAAUUCUCAAUAGGUCAGCCCACCCCAUAGGAACAGAGAUUAAAUAAAGACAACCACAAAUUUUGGAUACUAUUUCAGAUAAUGAGCCAAAGGAGGCAGAAGGGUUGAGUUCAAGUCAAGGUAUGAUUGAACAAAUGAAAUAUAGACUUGGAACAGUAUUGACUCAGAUUUUUGAGUCAAUAAGCCAGAAGAAUCACAUUUUAGUAAGAUGAGCACCAUUUCCCCUUCCCAAUUUGUAUGGCUGGCUUGGGAAUGGCAUCUGGAUUUUUGUUUGGUUCUGAUUGCUACAGUGCCAGGAAAAAAAUAGUUUCAGGCUGGAGGGAAUUCAGAAUAAGCAACAGAAAUGAUUAAGGGUUUGGGAAGGAUCAACUCUAGGGGAAAACAUGAAAAUGAAAUCUGUAUAACUUGGCUAAAGGAUUUAGCAAUGGUGCCUUCGAUUUCUACAUCUAAGAGCCUCAGAGCACUUUUUUGACAUUUUCAAACUCUGGGUAUGUCCUGAAGAGACAAUCUUUCCCUAGUGUGUAUAUUGGGAAAUUGUUUCUUCAACAUUGACUUUGCCUUCGAUGAUUUUAAGAGCUGAAAUCUAGCAGAAAACAAAUUAUUUUAAUACCUAGGAAUAGUGAACCAAAAUGAGAAUGGGAAUCUAGAGUUACCCUAAUAAGUCAAUAAACAAACUGUUUACUCAGAUGAGAUGAAGUUCCAAUAUGCAAAACAGAAAAAUCUGACAUAGGUUAGGUAAAAAGUUAAAGAUGCCCAGAUGGGUCUGUUCCUGCCUAUGAAAAGGACUGAAAAAGUUAAAGGAGACCUUGAUAUUCAUGUAAGCCAUCUUCUUGAUGUCACAGAUAAUGAAAUGAUCCCAAAGCAGAGAAGUGACUAAUCCAAUGUUAUAUAGCUGGUUGGGAGGUAAUUUUGGAUUAGAAGCCAGGUCUUCUCUCAGCCCAGUCUUUCCACCACACUCUCUUGCUUUGUCUUCCUAUCUCUGGGACUUUCUUAGAAAGAUUUCAGUUUACUGGCCAACUACAACCACUUAAAGGAAGGACUCUCCAGAUGAUUGUUCAUCCUAGUAGUGGAAUUCUCUUCAAACCAUAUUCUUAUGUCUUCCAUAACUCUUGAAAGCUUUAAUGUUCAAGUGGCUAAAUACAUCUAAGGACAAGAAGGAUCUUUGCAUGUGGUUUAUCCUAGGUCUCCCUUUAGCAGUCUUCCUAGACUAGUGGUUCUAAUAUUAUUCAUGACCUGAAUAAGCAGUGUCCUAGAGUGAUAUCUUAUAGAAUUAAUGAUUAUACAUUAUCAAGGUGACUACACUUAUAUUUUUAAAACAAUAAUACUGGAUCAAAUUCUAAGGUGGUUUCAACAAAUUAGGUACAAAACUUUAGUAUGUACUUGAAUAACAGCUGUAAAAUUGUAAUGUUAGAAUAUUAUCACACGGAUGAAAAGUGGCCACCAUCACUUUUUAUUCAUUUCUGAGAAUGGCACAUAGUAGAUUAUUUAUUUUAACUUACUCUGUUUUUCAGGUAAAUUGGGUGUACAGGUAUUCAGAUAAGCUUAUCCUUGGAACUUACUGUCAAAGACUUAAAUUGUCUGCUAGAUGUCUAGAUUUGGAACUUGCCUCUAUUAGCUUUUUGUAAUACCAUAAAUUCUCUUAAUGUUGUCAGAUGUGAUCAUGCCAUUUUGAAUUAAUACUUUUUUUUUUUUUACCCAUACUGCACUAUGGUCAUAACACAUCACUAACAGCAGCUAAUAGGCUUGUUAUACCACAGUAUAAAUUUGUUACAUUUCUGUUAUGUUUAUUAUUUCCUUAAUAUUGAGAUUGCGCCUUCAUUUUUUAAAAAACACUUUUAAAAAAUCCAAACAAGACAUUACUAUGCUGGUGCCAAUCUUCUCAUUUACUUGGUAAUGCCUUCAAUUCCUCACCAUGAUUUUCUCAAUUGUUGGCCAUCUGAUUUUCAUUUCUAUUACUGUAUUUACAGUUAGAGACUAGCUAAUCACUACUGUAUUUACUGUUAGGCUUUUUUCCAAUUCUUAUCAUCUCAUCUCUCAGCAGUAUUUAACAUUGUUCACUAGCCCCUUUUUGCAUUCCCUUUCAUAUGUAAGAUGCUGAAACCCCGCCUUCUUCUAGUUCCCCCUCUCUUAAACCACUCCACUUCUUUACUAAUUUGCUCAUCUCCUUUAAAAAUGUACAUUCCCAGAAGUUCUGCUGGUGCCCUACUACACUGAUACCCACUUUUGAGUUCUACUUUUACCCUACAUAUAAUGACUGCAAUUUAUACGCUUCACACUUACAUGUCAGACUGUUUACAGGAUGGAUAGUUCCAUACCUGGAAUACCAGUAGUACAUUAGAGUCUAUGCUUCUAAAGCCAAGCAGUUUUAUCUUUCCGGAAAAAUUAUCUGCUGCUGCUCCUGACUUAUUUCUGUCUUAUGGUACAACUAUUCACCCAAUUUCCUGUGUUAAAAAACCUUGGUUCAAUCAGUAAACAUUGAUUAAACGCUUUUGUGCUGGGGGCAGUGUUAAGUGGACAGAAAGAGGCAAACAAAACAAAACAAAACAAACAAACAAAAAAAAAAAAUAGUCCCUGCUCCUGGAGAACUCAUAUUCUAAUGAGAGAGACAACUACUCUUACAAACUCUAUAAUGGAAAAGUAGGAAAUAGAGGGAAGGCACUAGAAUUAAAAGGGAUUGGGAAAGGUUCCCUGUAGAAAGGAACUUGGAGGAAGUCAGGGAAAUUAUAGAAAGACAUGAGGAGGGAAAGCAUUCUAGAUAGGGAGAUAAUUGGAAUGCCUAGAACCAAGAUGGAGUGUCUUGUUUGUGGAAUAGCGGAGAGGCCAGUUCACAUUUUGCACUCAACUUUUAUAUCCAGUUCCACUCCUUGAGCAUCUCUAGUAGCCAUCUCUUACAAUUCCCAGUAAUGCUGAAAUGAUAUACCAUCGUCGUUACUAUUCUGGAUCAGUAGCCCACUAUAAGUGUUUAGCAUAAUGAUUAAAAUUAUAUAGCACUAUAUUUUGGGUUGUAGACCGAGAGUUUUAUACUGAUAAUCUCUACAAGAAACCUGGAAACUAGGUGCUAUUAGCCUCAUUUUACAAAUGAAACUGAAGCAAAAAGAUUUUAGUGACUUACAGCCAGAUUUGAACUCAGGUUUUCCUGACUUUAGACCAACUGCCUUAACCACUGCAUCUACCUAGUUUCCUAAGAAAAUAAAUUCAUUCAGCUCAAAAGUAUUUUUAAAACGUUGGCUUAAAUUGCUACUGUAGAAAAGUUUAAAGAAAAAAAAAUUCCUGAUUAAAAAACUUCGGAGCAAUCACCCAAAAGAUGCUGUGGAACCUCCUUUUCUAAGGAUUCCUAGAGAAAAAAGAAUAUUAAUUCCUUCCAAGUGCAUACUCUAGCAUUUACCAGUUCACUGGUAAUUUGACCUUCAGGUGACCUUGAGAAGCACAAAGUAGGUAGGUAGUAUCCUUGCUUUAUCACAAUAAGCUAAGGUUCCACAAGAUUCUGUGACAACUAGUAAAUGGCAUAAGGGAACCGGUUUAAAACAGCCUUUCUCAAAUAUUUUCCUAUUCUAACCACUUUGACUAGCCAUUAGAACUCAAUCCAUUAAAAUUCAUUCAACAGACAUUUAAUGCCAACCAUUUGUCCACCCAUCCUGUUAAGUGUUGGGGAAAAUGCAAAGUUUAGAUCCAGUGUGGUUUGUAUACUCAUGGAGCCUUAGGAGAGAAAAGUUAAUUUUUGCUGUGAAAACAGGAAUCAGAAAGCCAGAGAAGGCUUCCUGGAGGAAGUAGCAUUUAAAAUUUCAAAGAUAGCUAGAAAGAAUAUAAAUCAGAGGGCACUUGAGGCAUAAAGGGAAUACUGUGACCAAAGAUUCAAGUUCAGAAUUUUGCAACAACUGUAGAAAAAGCAAGUAGUUCAGACUAGCCAAAGCAAGAGAGUUUGGGAAUGGAGCACCUUGAAAUUUGGCUGGGGGAUGCUAGCCAAUUAUGCACAGCCUUAAAUGCCAGGAAAGUCAUUUGAACUCAGGUGAUAGGCAAAAGGAAGCCAGCCAUUAAGUAUUUUUAAUUUUACUUUUAUCAGUUGUGCAGCAUUUUCUUCCAACUCCUCCUCUUCCCUUCCCCACCUACAUGAAAAACAAAAUAAACUCCAAAUUUCCAUAUUGGCCAUGUUCAAAGAUACUUUUAUUUUGCAUUAACUCUGUCAGGUAGGUCAUAUUCUUCAUCUGCUUUCUGGAAUCACAGUUGAUCAAUUUGAUCAGAGUUUUUAAGUCUUUCAAAGUUCAUUCCUACAGUUUUUCGACAAGUAUCUUUCACUAUGCUAGAUGCUGGAGUUGCAAUUAGCAAGAAUGAAAAAAAUCCCUCAAAAUGAGCUGAAGAAUGCUAUGGUCAAAGAGUUCUACAAGCAAUAUGAUUUUGAAGAAGUGAGAAUGGAAGUGGGAACUCUUAAGAGGCAGAAGUUCAAGUGUAUGGUAAUGAAGACAUACUAAGGUGGUGGCAAUGGGGAGUGAUGAAAAGAGUAAUGGGCAAAGAUUUCAGAGAGGCAAAUUUCAAUUCGUAAGUAAAAACUUAAAAUUUAGAGUUGUCCACAGUUGAUGUGUUAGUUUUUGCUGAACUGUAUUUUUUUUUUUUUUUUUUUUUUUUUUUUUUUUUUACUAUUCUAGGAGAUGGCUCACUGGGUAGGAGGGGGAGGAAUCUAUAGGGAAAUGAACUAGUUGCAAAAAACAAAUUAUAUAUAUAAAUAAAACCUUUCAAAUUAGAAAAGAAUUAGAGCUACCCUACCCAAUAAGAAUUAAGUUAGUUUAGGACAUAUUCAAUUUCUCAACUUUUGCAGAGAUAACUUUUUUUUGGGGGGAUGGCAGAUAUAGAGAGAACAUAUGUACAUAUAUAUGUACACAUACAUACAUAUAUAUACAGAGAAGCAGAAAUUAUACUAUAUGACCUCUAAUGCACUGAGAUUCUUUUGAUGCAAAAAAAGUUUCUAAGGUGUAAUUAACAGACUUGGUAACUGGUUAUGCAAGGUAAUGAAAAUCAGUGUCCCAAUGAACAUUGGCUUGCUGUGGUUCCAUUGAAAAAUAAGUUUUAAAUUGUUAAAAAAAUAAAAUUUUUUUUUGAACAUAUUAAGUUUGAGGUUCUAGGGGGACAUCCAGAUAGUGCUGAUCUCUUAGCAGUUAGAAGUGUGGGUUUGUGUUGUUAUGGUGAAUUUGUGAGGGAGGUGGCAGGUUCUGCUGGAGGCCUUAAGUCCCAUCUUGGAUACUGUGACUCUGCAUUCGAGGAAUGUGAUGGAAAGGUAUUGAUUAAAAAACAUUAACCAUGUGUUAAACAUUGUGCUAAGGGCUGGGAUUUACAAAAAGAAAAUUGAGGUAGUUCUUACUUUCAAGGAACUCAGUAUUCUUAUGGAGGGAGGUAGAAAAAAGGAAGAUCAUUGCUAUGUUUAGUUCAUGGCAGAUGAGCUCAGACAAUAUUUAGGAAGGGAAAGUAGCAGGGCAGAUGCCUAGGCUCAGAGGAUCUUGGGGAGUAAGGCAGAGCAGAUGAUUUGUCUUCCUACAAGAAAAGAGUGGAAUUACGGUCAAUAAAAUGGAAUUCUAGAGUAGCUAGGUGAUGCCAUAGUAGAUAAAGUGAGGGGCCUGGACUCGGGAAGAUUCAUCCUCCUGAAUUCAAAUCUAAUCUCAGGUACUGGCUGUGUGGGCAAGUCACGUAACCCUGUUUGCCCUCAUCCCCAUCAGGAACCAAGUUGGAACUGAGAAAAAUUAACUUGGAGGAGUAAAUGGCAUACCGUUCCAAUAUUUUUGCCAAGAAAACCUCAAAUAUGGGGGUCACGAAUAGUUGAGCCACUGACCAACCAAAAAAAUGAGAUUGUGGGAUAUUCUUAGCAAAGCAAAAGAUCUUGGUGGGGUGGGAAGAGUCAACAUUCAGCUGUCAGUGGGCAUACUUUGGGAAGUUGUAAGUUGGACAAUGAAAGUUAUGGGGAAGCAAAACAAGGUAUGUUGUUUGAUUUCUCAGCUUGAGAGUCAAGUUUCUUUGAAUGACCAAGAUAUGAUUUCUAAGGGCAUACUUAAUGAUAAAUUAGAAAUUUCAGAUGGAACAUAAGGACAAUUUAAAUUGUGCUGCUUUCUCCCUUCAUUUUUUGAUGUGAUGGCAACAUUAGCUUAUUUAGAUAGUGCCUUAAGAUUUUACAAAGUGCUUUUCUCUAUGAGAUAGUAUUUUCCCCACUUUAAAGAUCAGAAAACUAAAGAACAGAGAAGUUAAAUGAUUUGUCCAAACUCAUUUAUAAAAGUUUCAGGGACAAGAUUUAAACUUAGAUCCCCAGUCUCAAAUAGCAGUGCUUUUUCCAACUAUCUUUAAAAGGAUCAAACAUGUAGGAUCACCUGUCCCAGAGGAAAAAAAUGAGGAGCAGAAAGAUGAGGCUUUCCCAGAUGAAAAAACUUAACACAGAAAAAAAGGUGAAGUCGAUUCCAUUUACGAAUUUGAACUCAGGAGUCGGGCUUCUGGGGCUACUACACUUUUCUGGAAAGUGUCAGGAAUCUGAGUAAACCUACUUGAUACAAGACAACAUCUCUGGAGAAGUUCAUGUCCUCCUGUCCUCAACAUUCUUUUCCUGCUUCUAUUUCCCCUCCUCUUAUCCCCACCUCCCUCAACAUUCUCUUUUCUCCCCCCCCCCCCCUUCUCUCUCUCCUUUAACAGUAUUGAUUGAUGCUUCCAGUUUUCUCCCAUUCCCCUGCCCCCCCAGGCAUAUAUCUUAGACCACCUACCUCCCCCUCAAUUUCCUGUUCUGCUCAGUAGAGUGACAUCCUGAGCCAGAUCCUCUGCAUUAAAAGGGAGGGGGGGGAAAAGGGAGGGAGUGUGUGUGUGUGUGGAAAGAAAGCUACCAAUAAACCCGCCAGAUUUGAUCUCUGAUAUGAUGUGGCAGAUGGCAGAAUCAGAACGAGGGAGCAGCAGGCCCUAUCAGAGGCCUGAAAACAAAGUGAAUGGAAAAUGGGGUGUUAUUUCCCUUUGCUGUACAACUCCAUCCUCAAUCCUGUCCCCAUUUCCACGAACAACUAAUUUGCUUCCAUUGCGUAAUGCAGUUUUAAAAAACUGAAUUCUUUAUCCUUUUUCUGUUUCAGCUGUUCUACUCUCUGGAUUUCUUGCCAUCUCUCAGUUCUCUUAAUGAUAUUUGGUUUUUAUAUUAUUAUUAUAACACAAGUUUCUCCCUAUAAGGUUUGCAAAGUGCUUUUUCACAACAUUAUUAGCUCCAUUUUAGAGAUGAGGAAAUUGAGGUUUAAAGAGAUUAAGUGGCAUAUGUACAAGGCUACAAGUAGAUAUCAGCACCUGCAUUCAAAACCAGGUCUCCUGACUUUACGUGUAGCACUAUUUCUUUUUAAAUUGUUUUUCCAGUGAACAAACGUUUGUUUUCUCUUUUUCAAUCCCUUCUUCUAUACUCUUAAAAACAAACAACCCUUGUAACAGAUAUGCAUAGUCUAACAAAAACCCACAUUGGCCAUGUUGAUUGUUUUCACUGUAUCUGAGUAGAUUAAACCCAACCAGCAGGACCAGUCAACAAGAAUUUUCUGAAUUAAUUAUAAAGAGAUGUUCCCUACAGGAAGGGGGAACAACAUUCACAAGUGAGUCCCAAGCUGCUCUCCCCAAAGAAUUUCUGAUCUUCAGAGGAGCUCAAAUUCCAAAUCUGUUCAGGUGGUGGCCUUCUUUCACCGCUACUAGGAAUAAAAUUCUUUUCCUUAAAUUCACAGAGAACCGGGUCCUUGAAAUUGCUGAAUAUGGGCAUCAUCUUCUUUCUGGGGUGUCUAGCUUGACAGACAGGUCUCUUAUGUCUAGAUUAGGGCUUCUUUGAGACAGCAUUUCUAGAAUCUAUACAUACCAGUUAUAUGUUUUUGACAUGACAGAUAAUAUGGUUUAUCUGCUUCUUGAGUUGUAAGGUAAGUUUAGAUAAGAGUAGAUAAGAGUUCUGGGCUUGAGUUCAAAUUUGACCUCAGACCUCCACUAGCUGUGUGAUCCUGGGCAUGUCAUCUAACCCUGUUUAAAUUGGAGAAAGAAAUGAUAAACCAUUCUAGUAUUUCUGCCAAGAAAACCUCACAUGGGUUUGUGAAGAGUCAGACACAAUUGAAAAAAAAUGACUAAAUAACAACAGCAAACAAGUCUUUUUAUUUCAUAUUCUAGUUGUUCAGGACUUAGUAUUGAGUAUUAAGCAGCAAAGAAGCAAUGAAAGACAAAGUCCUUUUCCUGGAGAGAGUGAAUCAGAUUGAAUAGACACUGUUUGCUUAUCAGAAAGUUCCCAUUGUGAUGAGGGGGGAAACACUGUGUCUACUCCAAAAGUGAUUUUUAUCUGUUGGGGAAGACAGUCUUUGCUCUUAGGGAGUUUUUACUGUGUUGGGAAGAUAAUAAACUCUGUACUCAAUGGAAAGACAUAGUCCCCAUCAAGUGUGAUGAGCUCCCCUCCCUCCAAAAUCAGGACUUGUUAAUGCUAUUUUUGAUGGAGCUGGGAUCUCCCCCUCUUACCAAUCACCUUACUUCAGUUGGGAGUUUCAAAGCUGUGUGGUUGCAGGUCUUAAUUAAAGGGUCUUAAUUAAAUUAGGAUCCCAUCUGGCUGGGAUGAGCCAGGCCCUUAAUGAGGAUCUUAUGUCAGCUAUAUUAGAAAGUGGAUGGGGACCUAGCUGAGCAGAGGUUGAGUUCUGGGGCCAGAGUUAUUUCAAAUGGGAAUUAGAAGACACUGGGUGGUAAUGAAUGCUUCUGAGCCCUCUAUGUCUAUGUAAGAAGCAGGUUUGAAUGACUCCAACCCCGAGAUGGAGGUGAAGGGCAUGAUAAUAUCAGGAGAGUAUUACACUUUUUAAAGCAGUUUCACUUUUAAAAAAAUUGUCAUUGUAACAAACUUGAGGUAUUUGUCAGGGAUAAACCUUGUUUUACAGAUGGAGAGACUGAGGCCCAAAGGCAAAAAGUGGUUUACUCAAGGUGUCACAUGAGGACAAGAAUCAGUAAUAGAAUCUGCUUUUGUAGCCAGCCACGCUGGAAGUGAAGCUCAAGAUAUUGGAAACCCAUCGCAGGAAGCAAAGAGAUUGGCUCUUCCUUUUACCCAGAGCAGUUUCCAAACCAGUCCUCUUGGCCAACCAUCUGGGGGGAAAGAAACCUAUUUGGCUGUCUCUGUGGCCCAGGAGGUGCUGGAUUCUCCUUGCCUUAGGCUGUCUGGCGAGGUGCCACUUGGAUAGUAAAAAAGAUCUCACUUUGUCUCCACUAUCCCCCAGCUCGCAUUUAGGGGUCUAUAUUCUGCCAAGAAACAGGAUCCUCCUCUCCAAGCCCCCUCUCCUGUGCCACUUCUCUCCAGGGGCCAGUCCCUUCCAACAGACAAAUCCUCAGUCUUCCUUUCCCAGCCAUAUGUGAGAGCUAUGACAGGGACAGUGUUCCACCACGUUAGGGAGGGCAAAGGCAGCUGCUGAUCAAUCCCCUAUGACUUUGGGGUAAUUAGCAAAUGCCUUCAUGAUUUCUCCAAGCUCAGGCUUCAUGGAGUUGGAGGGCAUCCGCAUUGCUAUGUCUCAUCCCCUUGCCUAUCCCUACACACAUGCUAGCACACAUAGAUACACCAGUCACCAGCUCUGCUGGCAACACCAUAGGACUGGAAGUCUUCAGAAAUGACAUUUCUCCCACUCCCAACCCCGCCAGUGGAUUAUCUCCCAAUGGGGAAUGACUGGCUCAUUCUGUAUCCUUGCUUCCUUCCUCACCGCCCUUCCCUUCCCCAUAUGAACACUGUGACCCAGAUGCCCGAGCAGCAUGAGCCUUCUCUCCCAGCCGAGCUGCCCACCCACCAUUCCUCUCUCUGAGAGUCAGGAAACAAGCCCAGGUCACUGAGAGAAGAGAAGCGGGUGACUCAGUUUCCGCUUGCUCAUCCCCAGAAUGGCAGGAAGGAGGGAAGACUGUUAGUUCCACAGUCAUUUCUCCAUUUUUUACCAAGAGAAACCGUCAGAGUGAUUGACAUUCAAACAGAUAUUUCACAUCAUAUAGCCGCCUUACUAUCCCAUAGGACAACAAGGACACUUGGAGUUGCAGAUUAGGAAACUGAGGCCCAGAGAGGUGAUGUGAUUUGUGUGAGGUCACAGUGUGAGGGAAGAGUGGAUCUAUAGCUCCAGUCUCCCCCUCCACAUCCACCCCUGAAAUUACUUUGUAUAUAUUGUGUAUUGACUUGCGUGUAUAUGUCUUAUUUCUCCUUGUAGAAUGUAAGCUCCUUGAAGGCAGGGACUGUUUUAUUUUUAUUUUUAUGUCCACAGUGCCUUGAACAUAGAAGGCCUUUAAUAAAUGAUUAUUGAAUGAA